GAAAAAAUAUAUUUGAAAUCACACAUACGUAUAUUUUGUAUUUAUUAGUUAAAAGUCAAGAUGACGCGACCUAAUGUGCUACAUGUCGUCGCGAACCUUGUCAAGCGUAUACAGCAGUGUAACGCGCUUGAGUAUGACCCUCUUUCGGAUAAACUACGACCAUCCAUUACCGAAGAGGAUGUAGUUAUGUACGAAGAAAAGGUUGUGUCAGGACGUUUUGACAAGGUAAAGCAGUGUGCCCUGGAUUCACUUGUGCUUAUACAAGGUGCCGUUCUUCCUACACCAAAGGUGUGGAAUAUAAACAUACCUGCCGCAGACUUCAAUGCCUCCAGGGCACUUUAUCCCAUAGUCAAGUGCGCUAUAGACUGCAUUAUUAACCAACUGGACGAAGUACUCGCCAAUGCAUCGCAAUUUAAAGAAAUGACAGUUGAUACGUCAACCCUAACAUUUGAAGGGUUGUUCCUAAUCGCAAAAACGGGAUUAGAAAUGCUUAAUCCGUCUGUAUUAACAGUUGAAAAUGAUUUAUUAUACAUGAUGUUGCAACUUUUCAACAAAGCCACUACUCUCAAACCGCUUUUGAAUAUGUGUUUGACCUGCCUGACAGUGUACCUGUCACGCCUGGUGUCAGCAGAUAUACUACAAGAACUUGAAAGCGAGACCCUUAAGACACUAGCACAGAUAAAAGUUGUAUUCGAGAGCACUCUCAACAUUGCUAUAUCUGGUGAAGGUAAAGAGUUAAACACAAAUGCUGUGUCUUUAUUAAGGAUAACCAUUAGAACGGUUAUACAUAAACUUCAACAGCUAUCAACGUCAGCCGACGCUGACCGUAACAGCUCAGAUGUCAAGUUUUUGACGAAGGUAGUGGAUUGCUGGUAUAGUGUCUUAAUUACCACUCUAAUGAAAUUACGUGCUGAGAUGGUAGUGUCAAGCACGAAACACGUUAAGCUAGAAAAACUGAUGCGGUUACUUGCUUCAUUCCCACCAUUGCCACCAGCGCAUCGGUUAAGGGUGAUGUUGCAAAUAGCUCUCACCCUCCAACAAGAUUCAUAUUGCCUGCUGCAAACUGAAACUUUAACGACACUCACAGCAAUGAUGGAUAUUGAAGACCAGAAGAAUAGUGUUAUCAUACGAAACAACAUACUACCAUUAGCUGAAGCUAUCAUUGAGUUGCUGUUCGAUCCGAGAUUCUGUGGUAAUUCACAGGGUGCAACUGUAUUGACAGAUUGCAGUAAGCAGGUGCAGCUUGUAUACUGUAUUGCCCAGUGCAUACGGACUGUAAAAACAACACCAGUGGAUAAAGAUCCCCAACAUGUAGAUGAAUACCUUCAGCAACAAACUUUAUCACUGUUGAACAGUGCAAAUGAAGAUCAAACAGGCGAAUCCGAGAGAAUCAGACGAUUAAUGAAGGAUACAGAAAAUGAACCUGAAUUGAAAUGUGAAUAUCAAACAUUGGAGGACUUUCUAGCCUCACGUGAUGAUUGUCAGCUCCUGACACGCCUCGCUAAAAUGUUCCAGUAUCUGAUGUCGUAUUCUAAUAAAGCAUUAGAUGAGGCAAUAGCGCUGGUCAUCUGCUGGCUGUUCAGCGAGUUUGAUUUUGGUUUGUGCCUCAAAAUGCUGGCACCAUUGUGUAUGCAUUACCUGCGCACUAAGCGCAGCAAGAUGCUAGAAGGUAUACACAACUCAACAGCUGUACCACAAGGUAUUGCUUCAAUAGCAGAGACAGUUACAUCACGAUGGGUAUUCGGUGGAAGAAUAUUCUACAACGCACUGGAGGCCUUCAGAGAUACACUCUCUAUGCGUGACGUUGAAAUUGACCCUAACACGGAUAAACCACAGGAAGUGGCCAUAUUCGCGUCGAUAUUUGAAUGCACGCUAGAUAUCGCAAAAGAAUCAGCUGGUAACUUCCCAAGGGACCUAGAAAACUGCAUUGGGCUAUAUGUCAAGAUAUUCGGGUUGGAAACAUACCUCAGGAUAUUACCACUAGAGCCACUGUACAGUGUACCAAUCACAUCCGAGACGUACCGUACAGAUGCUUACGUUUACAUGUUGCCCAUAUUACAGAAGCAACUAAAAGGUGUGCCCCUAGUAGUCUACGUUAAAUAUAUAUUGCCCGUGCUGAAACGUCUAGAGGCACUAAUGGCAAAAACAAAGGAAUGCGUUGCAAAUAUAUCUAACGAAACUACACUAGCCUUUGUGUUGCAUUCUUAUGAGGGAUUAGUGGGAUACUUUUAUGGCAUCCUAACAGCUAUGGCAGCCUGCGCUGAAGAUUGUAAUGCUGCCAUAGAGAUGGACGAUUUCGCUUUGCUGAAGCAUAUAUUAAUGAUCCUAGACGAAGGAACCAAUCGAACAGUAAUAGCGUGUCGUAUCAUCGCUGCUUUCCACAACCUAGAUAAUGUUGGAACACGAUUGAUUGGACUUUUGGUCAAGCGUUUUGUGGCUGUCGAGACUGCAACGCCGCCAAAUGAUUCAAGCAAUACUCAGGCACUAGAAGAUGCAUUGUUAGCGGCUAUUGCCAACUGCGGCAAGUUUUGUGAUUCAAAGAUGCUGGGUGACAAUUUGCAAUCGUUCGAAGCAGCACUACAACGAACCAAUUGCAGCUAUGACCCGUUGGUAAAGAUUGCCAGGGCGCUACUGCCAUCGGUGGAUGCCACAUUGAAGUCAAAACUACAUAAAAGAUGGGUGGAAUUAGCGAAAACUAACCCUACUAGAAACUUGUACCUGGCACUAAAACGAAGUUGCGAGACACUUGCGUUAGAUAUCAAAAAGUGGUCAGAAGAUAACAAAGAGUCUGGAUCGUCAGGUGAUGGCCCUAAGAUUGGUAUUUCAAAAUACAUCGCUGAUGCAUGCUCAGCAAAUGGGAUAAUAGACUUAUCCGACGCACUACAAGUUCUACCAAAUGCAAAACCCAAGGAAGAAACGGAAGAACAUAGCAAGCACAGAAUGGCGUGCAUCGAGGCGUUCGCACGUCUCUUGGAAGUCAUGAAAAUACAUGGGUUCUUCACUGCCAAUUUGAAGAUGGUGAUUGAUAGUAUAGUCAAGCCACUGAUACUCGAAGCCAUGCUCAACGCAUGUGCACCAAAUAGUAACACGAGGUCCAGUGCCCUGGGUAUAUACGAUACCAUCUGCAAUUUGAAACUAGACGAAAUAGGUGAUGUACUCAAGUUUAGCGUAUCGGCACUAGCAUCGGGAACGACAAUUACCAUGCAAGCUGUAUUGGUCAAGUGCCUCACUAGACUGAUGGCCCGGCAUAGCAGUGAAGCAGUGAAGUACAAUUUGACACAAGUGUUCUCCUAUGUAUUUCGCCUGCUGAGUAUGGCGGACCAAAAGCUGUAUAUACAGCUAUUGAAAUUCGCCAGAGUAUGCAUUGUGAAGUUGAAUCAAGAACAGGUCUUGUGGUUAGCACCAAUGCUAAUGAAAAUGUUUGACAAUGCAACCUGCUGCCAGCGCUCAAAGGUUUACGUCAGGCGUGUAGUGCAGAAGCUAAUGGUUAAGCUAUCCAGGGACCAGAUAAUACACAUCUUCCCGCAGGAACACCUGCCACUAAUGCACCACCUACUGGCCGAACAGCGCCAUAAGAAGAAUCAUAAACUGCGCAGAAAAUUCAAAUCAAGAGAUGAGGAUGCUGAUGAUGACGAGGAGUUUAUUGGUAACAUGUUCAAAACAGAUGAUGAAGGCCGACUGAUAAUCACUGAUGACGUCGAUGAGCCUGAACAUUAUGGCGAUAUAGAUGACCAUAUUAAAUUCGUUAAACAUAAAAAGAAGGUACGACAGCAAAUAAACAAAAAAGAAAAGCGUGGUGACGUACAACCAUAUGCAUAUAUUAAGCUGAACAGAUCCAAGACAGCUGAAAAACACAAGAGAGAUAACAUCAAAGCCCUGAAAUCAAUCGCUAAACCUAGGAAUUAGCAGAGAGUAAGCUAAUAUCUAUCAGGGUGUUACACCAACUUAAUCGCUAA